CAUCAUUACAAUCAGAGCACCAGCUAUUUCCUGAGGAAUCCUUGGAACCAGUGAAUAAAAUAUACACAUCAUUUUGUUCUUUUAAACUAUCUAGUUUUGCUAAAAGUUCAGAAAGACCGUUUACUUUAACUUCUUCUGACAUUUUGUAUUUAUUGUUCAAUUUUGUCAUUUAUUGUUCUUUUGACUUCCGUUGCCUACGAACAGGUGUCAAAAGUAGAGACAAGCUUUGGGAUACUCCCCCCUGAUAUCUUUUGUAUUUUUAGAAUGACCAGGGGGGGAGACGGAGGUAGGUUGACCAUCGCGUCAAAAUCCAAUAUGGCGGGAGACAUACGUUUAAAAGACGAUGUGGUUAAAGACGAUACUCCUGACUUUACAGACGCUUCUGGUUGUCAGUUGUGUCUUAAAAAGCUUUCCAAAUACACUUGCCCUCGAUGUAACGUGAAAUAUUGCUCUGUGGAGUGUUACAGAAGCAGGAAACAUGUUCAAUGUUCCGAGACUUUUUACAAGCAGUGUGUUAUGGAUACUUUGAAAGGAGACACCAUUGACAACCAUGAAAAACGUAAAAUGAUGGAAAUAUUAAAACGCUUUGAGCAAGAAGAAACGGAAGAUGGUUUAACAGACGAAGGGUUAGAAUUGGGAGAAAAUUUGGAGGAACGGCUUGAAGGAUUGAAUUUAAAUCGAGACACUGAAAGAAUUUGGGAAAAGUUAACAGAGGAAGAGAAAAGAGAAUUUCAGAGAGCUGUAGAUGAUGGAUAUAUUGGGUCGCUUGUUGAUACAUGGGUACCUUGGUGGAUCAAUAGGGAUGCCAGGUGGGUAAUAAUGGGUAAAUAUGGGUAUACUGGGACAUUUGUUGAUACAUGGGUACAUUUGGGAUUACUUGGGAUACAAGGUGGGUAAAAAUUAACAAAAAUUUGAUUGGUUGUUUUUUAGCCCUGGUGAACCAAUCAGAAGUGAGACCACCGGUAAUUGUAUGUUACCCAAGCUGCUGAAGAAUAUCCCGCAAUUAUCAUCUCUAAUCAAGUCGAAGCCAGCAAGUGAUCAAACAAAAUAUAACCUAGUAAACAUACUGUACAGUUAUGUGUAUAUCUGUAGAUAUUACAAUGGCUGUCAUCAUGAUUUCUUACAAGAAGCUGUCGAUAGGUUGUGGCGACUAUCGGCAGUGCUGUACCAUACUGUUCAUUUCUCUAGCCUAGACGAUGCACUUCGGAGUGCCAUUGAGGCAAGUCAACAACACAAAGAACUAUUUAACUCUGAGGAGUUUUCUCUAUCAAUAAUUGAUGAUAUUUUGUUGCUUUUGAAAGGCAGUGAGAUUGACAAGGAAACUCAUUAUGUAGAGUUAGCCCUGUCUGAUAUUCACAGAUUAUUUGCCAAAGCUAUUAAGCUUAGUAAGACUGACAGUAAAACAAAUCUUGCGAUUCACAAGAAUAUAGAAUCUAAAGACCAUGGAAAGUCUCUGUGGUUGGUAAAGAAGAAAAUACUAUUUAUGUUGGCUUGGUUUUGUGAAAAUCAAGAAGAAUGUUUAACAUUGAUCCCAUUCCUUGUGGUUGUGAAAGAAGCCAUGGCUUUAGAUGUCAAGCAACUUCAAGAAGAAAAAUUAAAAAUACAAAAAUCUAGAAUGCAAAGGCCUGGUAAAAAACUGAUUGAAGAAAUAAACUGAUCAUGACUAACAAUUUAAACUAACAAAGUUGUAACUGCACACUCUUGCAAAAUUCCUUUGAAACAAACUACUGUAGAUGUUUAAUUUAAUUUAAUAUGUAUUUUGUAAUAUUUGUCUACAUAAAAUAUAUACAAGAAUUGUAUUAAUAAUUAGAUUAAGUUGAUGUUGGUAAUCCAUUAAAUGAUGCAGCUAAUUCUAACAGAGGUCUGCCAAUUUGUGUGUAUGCCUCCCCAGAUAGAAACUCCUCGGAUAGCUCCCUUAAUGUGAUAGCAAUCCGUCGUGAUUUAAUAUCCUCACGUUUAAUGCCAUGCAUCCAUGUAUUCCUUGCGUUACCCUUGAGUAUAACUAAAGAAAGCCUAGGCAUUGGAAUUCUUAUUUCAUAGAAAUGUUUUGAAUCAGAGAGGGUAAGAAUGGUGUCUGAAAGUAAGUUCACUGUCACAAGGUGUUCACCCCAAAGCCAUGUGUCGUCAAUAUGAGGGUCGAUGGAUGCCCCACGUUCUGGGCUGUAGUCAAGAUUGCACAAUUCCACUGGAUGAAAGCUUUGCAAUUGCGCAACAGCCUUGUGCAGUCUUUCAACAAUGAACUGACUGAAUUUUGGAAGACCAGUGAAGUUGCCUGAUCUUAACUUCUUUUUCUUAAAAUUAACUUUUGGUCCAAAAUCCUG